UCACAAUAUGUACACACCCUGUUGAAAAGGAAGGUGGAACAAGCUUUCAGUUUCAUAACACACACCAAGGCUAAGAAGGGGAAGUCAUGGCCGACAAGGUUCUGAAAGAGAAGAGGAAGCUGUUUGUUCAUUCAGUGAGCAAGGAUACAAUAAAUGGCUUGCUGGAUGAGCUGUUACAAAAAAGAGUGCUGAACCAGGGAGAGAUGGAAAAAAUAAGAGAUGAAAAUAUUACAACUAUGGAUAAAGCCCGAGUUUUGAUAGACAUUGUUAUUUGUAAAGGACCUCGGGCAUGCCAAAUCUGCAUCAGCCAUAUUUGUGAAGAAGACUCCCACCUGGCAGGAAUACUGGGGCUCACUUCAGGUUCACAGUCUGAAAAUUAUCUUAGACAAGAAUCCCAAGCAGUGGUCCAUCCUUUUCCAGCUCCUCAGGCAAUGCAGGAUAACCCAGUUAAGCUUGCAUCUUCAGGACCAGGAUGGAACCUCAAGCUUUGCCCCCCAGAAACAGCCCAAAGAAUAUGGAAAGAAAAAUCAGGAGAGAUUUACCCAAUAAUGGAAAGGUCGAACCGCACACGUCUUGCCCUUAUUAUCUGCAACAUAGAGUUUGAAAAUCUUCCCAGAAGAGAUGGAGCUGAUGUUGAUACCAGAAAUAUGAAGGUGCUACUAGAAGGUCUGGGAUAUAAGGUGGAUGUGAAAGAAAAUCUCACUGCUUCGGAAAUGAUUUUAGAACUGAAAGCAUUUGCUGCUCGCUCAGAGCACCGGACCUCUGACAGUACUUUCCUGGUACUCAUGUCUCAUGGAAUUCGGGCUGGCAUUUGUGGGAAGAAAUACUCUGAAGAAGUCCAAGACAUAUUAAAAAUUGAUGACAUCUUUCAAAUUUUGAACACCUUGAACUGCCCAGCUUUAGGGAAUAAACCCAAGGUGAUCAUUAUCCAGGCCUGCCGUGGUGAGAAGCAAGGGGUGGUAUGGGUAAACGAUUCAGUAGCAGCUUCUGGAAACUGUCCCUUAGUGGUCCCAGAAGAUUUUGACUCUGAUGCCAUUAAGAAAGCCCACAUAGAGAAGGAUUUUAUUGCUUUCUGCUCUUCGACACCAGAUAAUGUUUCCUGGAGACAUCCCAUAUUGGGCUCUCUUUUUAUUAUUAAACUCAUCAAAAAUUUUCAAGAAUAUGCCUGGUCCUGUGACCUGGAGGAAAUUUUCCGAAAGGUUCGAUUUUCAUUUGAGCUGCCAGAUGGUAAGGUACAGAUGCCCACCGCUGAAAGAGUGACUUUGACAAGAUGUUUCUACCUCUUUCCAGGAUAUUCCCAGCCCCUGGUACUAAGGAAAUGCCCAGUAACUUUCAUUUUCGAGAUUGUGCUCCUUCAAGGCAGUAGGAAGAUACUAAGCCUAUUAUCUAUGGCUGAAGACAAACACAACAAAAACCCACUUAAGACGUUGGAAUCUUUGGGCAAAGAACUCAUUUCUGGCCUUUUGGAUGACUUUGUGGAAAAAAACGUCCUGAAAUUGGAGGAAGAGGAGAAGAAAAAAAUUUAUGAUGCCAAACUUCAAGACAAAGCCCGGGUCUUGGUUGAUUCUAUACGACAGAAAAACCAAGAGGCAGGUCAAGUCUUUGUUCAAACUUUCCUAAACAUAGACAAAAAUUCCACCAAUAUAAAAGCUCCUGAGGAAACUGUGGCUGGACCAGACGAGUCAGCAGGAUCUGCAGUUACCCUCAAGCUUUGCCCUCAUGAAGAAUUCCUGAAACUGUGUAAAGAAAGGGCUGGAGAGAUCUAUCCAAUAAAGGAGAGAAAGGACCGCACUCGUCUGGCUCUCAUCAUAUGCAAUACAGAGUUUGAUCAUCUUCCUCCCAGGAAUGGGGCUGACCUUGACAUUCUUGGAAUGAAGCAGCUGCUUGAGGGUCUUGGCUACACUGUGGAAGUGGAAGAGAAACUCACAGCCAGAGACAUGGAAUCAGUGCUGUGGAAAUUUGCUGCACGUGAAGAGCACAAAUCCUCAGACAGUACAUUCUUGGUAUUCAUGUCUCAUGGCAUCCUGGAUGGGAUCUGUGGGACUAUGCACAGUGAUGAGGAACCAGAUGUAUUACCUUAUGACACCAUCUUCCAGACAUUCAACAACCGUAAUUGCCUCAGUCUAAAGGACAAACCUAAAGUCAUCAUUGUCCAGGCCUGCAGAGGUGCAAAUCGUGGGGAAUUGUGGGUCAGUGACUCUCCAGCAGCCUUGGCAGACAGCUUUUCACAGUCAUCCGAGAACCUGGAAGAGGAUGCUGUUUACAAGACCCACGUGGAGAAGGACUUCAUUGCUUUCUGUUCCUCAACUCCACAUAAUGUGUCCUGGAGAGACAUCAAAAAAGGUUCUCUCUUCAUUACACGACUCAUCACAUGCUUCCAAAAAUAUGCUUGGUGCUGUCAUCUUGAGGAAGUAUUUAGGAAGGUACAACAAUCAUUUGAAAAACCAAAUGUUAAAGCCCAGAUGCCCACUGUUGAAAGACUCUCUAUGACAAGAUAUUUCUACCUCUUUCCUGGCAACUGAAAAUAAAAAUCACAGGAAAUCCAACCGUUUAUCAGCUUCAGGAAGCAUUUUUAUCAGCACAGCAUCCAGGUUUAACCUUUUAACUUUCAAUUAAAGUGAAAACAAAUGAACUGUUCUUUGGUGUCCUCUAAGAAAGAAUAGAAUUUCAAUUAAAAUGGUGGAUGGAUGGAAAUAAAGUGGAAGAAGCAAACUGGAUUUUCUAGUUUUAUUGCAUAUAAUACCUGCACUUUACUGAGUAAAGAGAACUAGUCAUGACCUGCCCUCAGCAGCAGGGUUAAAGGGGAUGGUGCCCUUGUGGAGACAAGGACCACAAACUGGGUCACCUCAUCCUUUGAUCACUCAUCAAACCUUUCAACUAGAAUGAUUUGGAAGAAUUUUUCUAAUUUAUUAUUUGAUCAACGUCAUAGGUCAAGUUCAAUUUUUUUUCAGAAAGUUAUUAUGGUACUUCUGUAUAUUUCUUCUCAUCCAUAAAUUAAUGUGCUUUCUUGUUGAUGAUUUUUCUUUCCAGAUUUCCAAGCUUCAGGAAAAUUUUGUUAUUUAGGAAACACUUGGUAAUUGUAUAAAAUAAAUUGGGCUUUUGAUUUAAGAUGGUAUAACUGGGUGUGCUUAUAUAGAAAAAAAGACAUUAUUAGAUAAAAAACAUCUAAGAGAGUGGGAAAUGUCAGCAAUGGGAAAGAAAAUGUUAAAAUUUCUGGAAAGUGAAUGUCAGUAGAGGAAUUUUGGCAACAUGGCCAUCUGAGCUACAGACUAAGGAGAUGUACUGUUUCAAUUGCAUACAUGCAGAAUGCUGAAUAGAUAUAUCAGUACAUGCUGAACUGCAUUAUAAAUAAAAUGAUUAUCUAGAUA